UUUAACUUAAAUUUUGCACAUCUCGUUCAGCCCGCGAGCGAUUACGGCCGUCGUUAAUACACGGGACGUCUGAUAGAUUCGGUUUUACUCGCGUCGCACGGUAUCCCCGUCAUUCGUUUCCGUCGUACGGUGAAGUGUGUUUGACAUAAUGCUCAAAAUGGCGACUCCGAAAACAAUGAGCCUCCGGUGCGCUUGUACGCCUCUUUGCGACGGACUUCCCGAUUGUUUCUCUCGUCUGUCGCAAUAGAUUUAACGUCCACCGAGCGCGAAACGCAAGGAUUACGCAAAUCUCACGUACAUAUAUACAUAUAUGUAUAUACAAUCGGAGUGAAUUCUCGAGAGUCAACGAGUUACCCGCACGUCAAUCCUUGUAGUAGUCAAAAGUCAAAUACAGCUGUACGACAAUACUCUCAUUCGUAAAAGAGACAGAGGUCAAAAUGCAGACAAUAAAAUGUGUCGUAGUAGGAGACGGAGCGGUUGGUAAAACUUGUUUAUUAAUCUCAUAUACCACGAAUAAAUUUCCAUCGGAAUAUGUUCCAACAGUAUUUGACAAUUAUGCAGUCACUGUCAUGAUUGGCGGUGAGCCAUAUACAUUAGGAUUAUUUGAUACAGCUGGUCAGGAAGACUAUGACCGUCUACGUCCAUUAAGUUAUCCGCAAACUGAUGUAUUUCUUGUCUGCUUCUCAGUUGUAUCUCCAUCAUCAUUUGAAAAUGUUAAAGAAAAGUGGGUACCCGAAAUAACGCAUCACUGUCAAAAAACACCAUUUUUGUUGGUUGGCACGCAAAUUGAUUUACGGGACGAUGCAGCAACAAUUGAAAAACUUGCAAAGAAUAAGCAAAAAGCAAUUUCAAAUGAACAAGGAGAAAAGCUUGCUAAGGAAUUAAAAGCUGUAAAAUAUGUAGAAUGUAGCGCUCUUACACAGAAAGGACUUAAAAAUGUCUUCGACGAGGCAAUAUUAGCGGCUUUAGAGCCUCCAGAACCUGUUAGAAGAAGAAGGUGUACCAUUUUGUAGUAGGUGUUUCAUUUUUUUAUAAAACUGUUAGUUCAACAUUGACGAAGACUGUAAGUUUCCUCAUAUACAUUGCAUGCAAAAAGUUUUAGUGACAAUUGUUAAAUUCUAAGGCAUAUAAUAAGUAUUUUUCAACAUUGGCGCCAUAUACGUGGAUAUGAAGCAAUCUUUAUCUAUAUUAUGUAAAUUUUAUAAUUAUCAAAUUGUAAUUGUAAUAUUAUCAUAUUAUCUUCGUCUUGCAUAAUGAAUGUUCUAUCAACGUAUUUCACAUCAUUCCGCGCGUCUCUAUAUUUGCAUCAUAGCGAUCAAAUGUGUUAACUGUCCUACGAUUCAUUCAACAUUGUAAAAAAAAAGAUUUCCGGAAAUCUAGGGUUAUUAUAUUCAUAUCAUAUCCGUUUGUAAAAAAUAUAUAAUUUUGCUAUAUAUAUAUAUAAAGAAAUGGGAUUUUAUGAUUUCAAUGAUUUAUAAUCUUCGACAGAUUAUGACAUGGCAUACAUGUAUAUGCAAGAGUGUAAUAUUAUUGAUUUCUGUAUUUUAUGAUGCAUCUUGCAUAUUAAGUAAAAGUUUUUUAUUUUUUAAGGCGAAUACUAUACGCCUUUUAAUUCUUUAGCAAUUUUUUUGUAGCAAUUUGUACCUAUAAUGUAUAUAUUCACUACAAACGCAAAUAAUUAUCCACUAAAAUAUUUAAUUCAUCAAAAUUGAAUUGUGCAUUCUAGCUCACAAAAAAAGAUGAGAAGUACGAUUAAAUGUAAACUUACAUCUACUAUUAUCGUUUUUGAAACAUAAAGGGAAAAGAGAUAAAAAAAA